AUGGCGAGAAAGAAGCCGGCUAAAGACAAGUCCGAGAAGACCGCUGAUGGCGAAGAGUCAGCGUCAGGACAAACAGGAGCAGCUCCAGACGAACCGACAGCCACUCGAACGUUUGACGACUAUGAGUGCUCUGGCAAUGUGAUGACAGACUUUCCUGGGCUUUGUACUCUUUUGGAUAUGAAAGAUAUACCAGCUGUCAAGACCAAACCCGGCUCAGCAAACCAAGAAAGCACGACAGGUGGCAGGCAGUCCCACAAAAAGUCUGUACCUGAAGUUUUCAAGCCAUUCAUCCAAGUGCAGUUGGAGAAUGGAGACCCUUAUUGCACAUCAAGCUUGAAGAUCUUUGGAUGGACAGUAGAUGAACCCAUCAUCCGAGUGCUGUGCAAGAUGAUUUCUUCGAUGUCUAUGCUUAACAGCAUUUGUUUCUGGCAAGCUGGAUUGACGGAUUCAAUGGUCAUCAACCUCGGAAAUGCAAUAUGUUUUUGUAACAGCCUUAGGGUUAUUACACUAGAGGGCAAUCCUCUCUUAGAUCAUAACCACCACCUUCUUUUUUCAGAAGGAAAUGCCCUCACUCACUUGAACCUGCGCAACAACCAAAUCGAAGAUGAAGGCGCCCGUCUUCUCGGGGCAGGUCUUUCCACCAGCAAAUCUGCAAACCGCAACCUCAUCUCACUAAACCUCUCGUUCAACCAUAUCGGCGAUGUAGGUGCCGGACAUAUCGCAAAGGGCCUUCGGUUCAAUCGGACUUUGCUUUUCCUCUCAUUAUCCAACAAUCACAUUGGAGAUUCGGGAGCGACACAGUUGGCCACGGUUUUUGGUGAGGUUGUCCUUACUCAUGAAGAAAUUGUGCAAAGGAGGAAAUUGCUUCUAGAGAAAAUGCAUUCUUCCUCAUCUCCAGUUGAUGCUGAGCAUGUUGCCAAGCUGUCCAACGACCAACUCCCAUCUGUAGCCAGCAAUGCUACUAGCAACUCAAACAGAGGGGAGAACAAAAGCACUGCUAAAAAACGGGAAACGUCUAAACCAGAUGGAAAACGGGCGCCAACAAAAGACCAAAAAUGUCUUAAGAAAGCUGAAGGUCAAGACAUGGAGGAAAAAACCCAUGUGUUUGACCAGGAGAAUAAAAAGCCACUGGAGAUGGUGAGCCCUCUCCUGAACGAGUCCACGCGGCAGAGGGAUGGAGAGCUUGUCCAGCCUGGAAACACCACUCUGGUUUCCCUCAGCUUGGCAGGAAACAGGAUAACGGAGGUAUCACUACCUCAGUUCCUGACAUCCUUGCAGAUGCAGGAAGGAGGAAAAGGUCUGCUGCGUCUCUGUCUACAGAGAAACCACUUUGCUUUAGAGUGUGAGCCCUAUAUAAAAUUAAAGGAACUGAUGACACUCAGGGACCCUUUGAACAAAAAAACUGAAGAGGAGCCUGAAGAAGAAGCCGAGGGUUCACAAUCUUCAGACAGUUAA